AUGAGUUCGAGAAGAGUCUCUGGGAUGUCUUCCCAUUCAAGGAAUCUAACUCCCAUGUCAAGAGAAUCUUCCAGCACUGUAAUACAAACCAAAAGUUUCCCAAUUUAUAUUGCAAUUAAUGAAUAUUCUAGACGGAUGGAAGAUGAGUUGGAUUUUAAACCUGGUGAUAAGAUCCAAGUUAUCACUGAUGAUGAAGAAUAUAACGAUGGUUGGUAUUACGGUAAGAAUUUGAGAACUCAACAAGAAGGUCUGUAUCCUGCUGUAUUCACCCAAGAAAUCAAAAUGGAACGAAAAUAUCCUUUGACUAGAGCAAAAUCAACUAAAAGAUCCGUGAGCAACGAUAGCACCACAAGUUUGAGUCAACAGAACGAUUCUCCAACUAGUUUAAGUAACCCAAUCACUGCAGAUAUAGACAACGCAUUGGAAGAGCUGAAAGCAAUGUCACAUUCAAGCAUUGAUGUAAAUGAUAUCACCCAAGAAACAAAUAUUUCAGCUUUAGAUAUUAAUCCAAAUCCAAAUCCAAGUUCAACUUCAAAUCUGAAUCCUGCCAGUGCUUCGUCGUGGUCUCCAGAAGAAGUCACUGAGUAUUUCAUUUCUUUGGGGUUUGAGAAAAAAUUAGCCUCCAAGUUUCAACAACAUAAGAUCUCAGGAAAUAUCCUAUUGGAGUUGGAGUUAUCAUAUCUAAAGGAACUAGAUAUAGAUUCCUUCGGUACAAGAUUCGAGAUCUUCAAAGAAAUUGAAAUAAUUAAAGAAGCUGUGGCCGCAUUAAACAAUGACACUUCUUCGAUAUCGAACAGAUCAAACAAAUUGAUGCCUCCAGCCCAUGUUGACCAAUCUACCCCACAUAAAGGGCAUGCUAGGAAAAAAUCGAAAACAUUAAAUGAUAUCCCUACUCCUAGUCCUUCAAGACAAAUGGAAGGAAGAUCCAUUAAAAAUACAAACUCUUCUUUGAAUAGACCUGUAUCAGCGAUACUUCAUGGAACACCAGGACAAUCUACUUAUGACGAUUUAAGCGUACCUAAAACAGUAGCAGAAGUAGUAGCAGAUAAGAGUUCUUUUGUCUCACCUAGGAGAGCUCCAAAACCACCUUCUUAUCCAAGCCCUGUACAACCUCCAAAAUCUCCAUUGCCUUAUAGAAACAGUUCAACUGAUAUUGCAACGAUGACUAAAUCAACACCAACAAUAACUAAUACCAGUAAUAAUUAUAAUAAUAAUAACGGUUCUAAUACUUCAAGGAAUUUACAAAAUACAAUCAGUUACUCUAGUAGUGGUAACCCACCAGAAUCGUUGGAAAGAACAAUGUCAUCGAACGAUUCAUAUUCUGAAAUGAUUAAUAAAGUCUCAACAAGAUCAACCGCUAAUAAAUUAAGAAAUAUGGAAAAUAUUUCAACAGCAUCCACAUCAUCUAGUGUCUACGGUGAAGAUUCAGAUUAUAAAAAAAACGGUGAUGGGAAAUCAUUUAAAGAUACUUCUUUUGUAUUGAGUCCAAAUAAACAGCAUUUUACAGACAAUGCUGCAAAAUCGUCACCAACUGGUAAAACUUCUUCUACUCCAAAUCUAGUAUCGUACUCAUCCCCAUCAAAACCUCCAAGUUCCAAAAAUGAUUCAAAGGCAAAAGAAGGCAAUUAUGCUAACAUGAGAACUGUUACCCCUGAAGAGACAGACGAUGAGAAGAAGAGAUCUGUUAGUAACGUAAUGAAGGGGACUACAAUGAAGAAAAUGACAUCCAAGGCUGUAACUAAAAAGCAAACUUCUGCAUUCAUGGAAGGUAUACGAACAAUUACUGUUCAAGAUGCUAUGAAAGAUGCAGAUUGUUCUGGUUGGAUGAACAAAAAGGGUUCUGGUACUGUCGGGACUUGGAAAACAAGGUUUUUCACAUUACAUGGUACAAGAUUGUCCUAUUUUGGUAAUACAACAGACACUCGUGAACGAGGGUUAAUAGAUAUCACAGGUCAUCGUGUAGUGCCAGCAAGAGAAGACGAUAAAUUAGUAUCCUUAUUUGCAGCAAGUACCGGUAAAGGUAGAUAUUGUUUUAAAUUGAUACCACCACAACCGGGAUCUAAGAAAGGUUUAACAUUCACACAACCUCGAGUCCACUAUUUUGCAGUCGAUACCAAAGAAGAGAUGAGGACAUGGAUGACAGCAUUGAUUAAGACAUCUAUCGAUAUUGACACUACGGUGCCAAUUAUCAGUUCGUACUCCACACCUACUAUUUCGUUGAGUAAAGCACAAGAAAUGUUAUCAGAAGCCCGUGAAGAGAAUAGACAAAGAGAAGAACAAAGACAAAAGGAAUCUGAUGAACAUAGAAUGAUGUGGGACCAACAACAUCAGCAUGGCAACAACACCAAUAUCAAAACAGAUUUUGAUAAACCAGAAACUCUGAUAUCGGGGUCAACUCAAUUAAACAGUAACACUCAAGAAGAAGAACUCACUGCAUCGUCAUCAUCUAACUCAUCCAACGUAAACACAACAACAAUGUCUUCAGCUGGGUUUUCCAGCCCAUAUUUACUGGCUUCAGGGAUGUCAACUCCAAAUAUCGUCCGUAGCAAUAGUAUGCGUGCUAAAGAAAGAACCCCAAAUGGCCAACAAGAAGAUUACUUUAACCAACCAACAUCAAAAUAUAUGGAUGAUAAUAAAUUGUAG